UUCAUUGUUCUGCGAGUGAAACGCGCGACGUUUUGUGAGCUUUUUUUUCCUACAUUUGGUUUUGUGUGAAAAGUGUUACGGCGCAACUGUAAGCCCUCUGCACAAUUUUACCCCUUUUAACGGCUUUGUGCGAAGAAAGAAUUUUUUGGGAGUGUAAAUAGGGAUUUCCUUCUUAAAAAAGGAUUCAAGGGAGGGCGAGAAGAAUUUUUUUUUUUCAAGUGGAUGCUCCCAAUUUUUUAAAGAUUCAUUUAUAGAAAGUCUUGGGGAAAGUGAUUGACGCGCGCGGGAUUGAAUGAGAUCCAAACAAUCGAGUGAAAGACAUCCGAACACUCAGACAAAUCUGAGAGAUAAAAAUUGUGAGAAAUUUUCCCAAUAUUUAGCACGCCUCUAACGCAUUUCCGCAUUUUAUAAUUGUUUUUUUCCUUCGCAAAUUAACUCCGGUGUGUGGAUUUUUUUUUGGCAAAAUUAAUUUACAAAAGCUUCUUGGCUGGGAAGGGAUUUUUGCAAUAUUGUUUCGUGGGUGGCUUUCGCUUUUUUUAUUCAACACUGAAGGUUACAAAAUUAACAUUUUUUUGGGUAGAGGAAAAGCCCAUCCAAAGUUCAGCUGAAAGCGAAAAGAUAUUGAUGGAAACGGGUUUAUCGUGUGAGAUUUUUUUUACAAGAUAAAUUCUUGACAGUUUAUUUGGGCAAAAAUUGGCAUUUCAUUAAUUACAUCGCCUCUCUUAACCCUUUCGCGACUGACUGAUUAGUGAUAGGAAUGAUAGUAUUGAAGCUUUUUAUAUUUAUAAUGAGAUUUUUAAUUCUUUUAGUGCUUUUAGAAGGUUUUUCUCUGUGAAAAUGUUUAAUAUUACAUUUUGUUACAUGAAGGAGUUUAUUCAUUUUAAGGUUCUCUCAUGAGUUUUAUAACAAAAAAACAUUUAUAAAACAUUCAAGAUGAACCGAAAUGAUUUUUCAUUUGCAACUGAAAUCUUCUGGAAAAUCUUGAAGAAAACUUUCCUUGUAAUGCUCAAAUCACGCCUCCGUUGUAGCUUAAUUUGAAGUUUUGUGCAUGAAGCAUAUGCAUCAGUGUUUCCAAUUAUGUUAUAUUCCAACUCUAGAUCAAAAUAUUAAAAAUAUAAUAAUAUUGAUUUAUUAAUUAUUUCUAAAAAUCAGAAGUGAAGAAAAAUACUAUUCAAAGAAUUGUUUUAAAAGACAUUUAAAAAGAAUAAAAAAAACGGCUUGACGUUUCUUUGGAAACAUUUGACAUUCAAUGUAAUAUGUUAAUUUUUAACGUUAAUUGACAACUCUGUUAAUUUACAUUUCUUUCCUAACAUUGGACGUUUUUCUUUAAUGUUUUACAAUUACUUUCAUGCGUUUGAUGGUUGUUUUCUAACGUUUGACGGUUAUUUUCAUACAUUUCAUUUUUUUCCAACUUUGACGUUUCUCUUAACAUUUGCCAUUUGUUUUAAUGUUUGACGUUUUUAGACGUUUGACGAUUCUUUUCUUACGUUUGACAUUUGAUGUUUCAUGUCAAACUUGGACGGUUAUUUUUAACAUUUAACGUUAGUUUGAUCGUCUAUCGUCUGAUGUUUUACUUUUAUUUUAUUAGUUACCUUUGCUGCCUAUUUUCUAACUUUGACGUAUUUUUAACAUUUAUUGUUUCAUUUUAAAUUUGACGUUUACUUUGAACAUUUAACGUUAGUUUAAUCGUCUAACGUUUGAUUAUUAUUUUAUUAUGUUUUCUGCCUCUUUUCCAACUUGAUGUUCUUUCUUUUCUAACAUUAAAUAUUUGUUUUAAAGUCUGUUAAUAUUUCCUAACGUUCGACAAUUUUUUUUUGACCUUUCUUAAUUUAAAACAUCAAUUGAAGCAUAUGCUUCACGUAAAGCAAAUAAAUUAGAAUUUAAUAUAGGAAUAAUUUAAACAUUUUGGAAAUUAAUCGCAGCUGAAAACUAAUAUUUUAUAAGGCUCUUUUCUAUUGAUCUUGACUGUUUUUCAUGUUCUUGAAUUUCGAUCAUGAAAAUGCAUAAACUCCUUGAAAAACCAACGUUUGAAAAUUAUUCAAAAAAUAACGAAUAUUUGCAAUAAAUAAUUUUUCUCGUUCAGUCGUGAAAGGGUUAACAUUUCCCCGGGUGUUUGACUUACAAAAAAAAAAAAGAACUCCAUUGAUUAACGAAAAACUUCUGCAACAUUGAGGCUUACAGCAAAUCCUGACCCGGUGAAAGGCAAAAUAGAAGAAAGAAAAAUUCGCGAAAUUUUGCAACAAAAACGGGGAUCAGCAAGCAACCGGAUCGAAAAAAAAUGAGGCAAAUCGACGUUGAGAGCCCAAUAGUGCCGCCGCUAAUUGAUAUAAAGGAACGUCGUCAGGAUCCACUGAGGCGUAUCCAGGAGGAGAUAAACGAGGUGGUGCGACGCGAAAGGGAACUCCGCACAACGACAAAUCGCGGUCAAUCGCCCAAAACCAUCUCUGUGGCACUUACGGAUGAUUCGGGAAUUUCCACGACCUCGUCGAGCCCCGUGAACGGCGCCCCUGCUGAAGAGGAGGACAAGAGUCCCACACCCAAAUCAGCACAGCCGUACAAUCGCACCCCGACGGCAUUCACAUUCGUGCCCCGCAAUCAGACAGUGCCGGGUCCACGGGUCCCGGAGAUGCUCACGCGGACCAUGUCAACGCCACAGAUUUUCCAGCCGACGCCGAAUCAGCGGCGUGGCCUCAUGCAGCGUUUCAUUGCCUCACGCGGCCGAAUGGUUGCGAACAAUCAACCAUUCCAGAAUGAAAAGAAGAUUAUGAAUGGUGGUCCAAUCCUUCUGUCCCCAACGGCCAAGACAAGCCCACCGGUUAUUGAACGCGACCAAAAUGGGCGCCCUAUUCGACGUGGCUACGUUCCCGUUGAGGAGAAGAUCCAGAAGGAAUUGCGUGAAAUGAAGAAUCGUGAAGUGGAGCUAAAACAAAUCCGGAAGCAGUCUCACUUGCGUGCGUCAAAUCCCGACCUUCUUGACGAAGGCGACGAUUUUGACAUAGACGAUGAAUCAGACAGAGAGGAGGAAUCCGGUUCGUAUGGAAAGAUGAACGGAGCCAAAUCCAUCAGUGAACUAUGCGACAGCCUCACGAGUUCUAGUCUUUCACCAAGAAACACACCAAGCCCCAAAUUGCACGGGCAGACUCACACAAAGCUGCGUCCUGCCAUUUCUCUGGCACAGCUCUGCGAUGUAGAUCCAACGGAUGCCCCAUCAGCACCCUGUCUCAUCGCUCAAUGGGAGGACUUCAUAAUGAAGAAGCGCCGAAAGCAGGUCUACUAAAGACCCUUUUCCGUAGCAGGAUAAAAAAAAUUGUACCAACACGGAAGGAGAUUUAGCUUCCACAAAAACACUGUGAAUAUCCCCCAUUUGCAAUGCCCCAAGAAAUCCUAGCUAAUGCCCCACCCCUUGCCCCUCCAAAGUUAAUUUGAACAAUAUUAUGCAGAAAAGAUGGAGUUGGAGUUUGAAGGAUGAAUUGAAUUUUUAAAGGCAUUUCCCCUUUAUAUUUUUACUACUCCCACUGUCGUGAGAUAUUUGUUAGAAAGGAAUAGAGUUAGAAAAAAAAAUUGAAAAGAUUAUUUUGAAAAAUUGAAAUAUUAUGUUUAUAUCAACAUAGAAGGAUUAUGUAUUUUUGUAAAUAUGAUAAAUGAAUGAAUAAAAAAUGAUUUAUGUACUGAA